GUAUGCGUGGAUGAAUUCUGUUAGCAUCGAACAAUUUCUUGCAGCGUGUGAAACGUGGAAUUUAGAUGAGGUUCAUCAAGCUGUAGAAUCCGGUUUCCUUGUUGAUACAUUUGAUGAUGAUCAUGUUACCGGAUUACAGAUGGCUGCUGCAACUGGAAAUAUUGGAAUUGUACAAUAUUUAUUGGAUCAUGGCGCUGAUAUCGAAAAAACUAAUCAGGUUGGUAUGACAGCACUUCAUCAUGCAGCAAAAAAUGGUCAUGCUAAUAUUGUUCGAAUACUUGUUCAACGUGGUGCAAACUAUCAAAAAUUGACAUAUCUUGGUGCAUCAGCGAUGACAUUAGCAGCAGGAAGUGGUCAUAUCGAACUUGUUAAAUUACUUCUUGAUUUACGUGUAAACAUUAAUCCAUCACAUACCGCACUUUGUCCAACACCUGUAAUAGCUGCAGCUUUUCGGCGACAUACACAUUUAUGUGCAUUAUUAUCACAAAGAGGAGCAUAUUUGGAUGGAAAUAUUCAACGACUUUCAAAUCUUUCCGCCCUAUCAACAGCUAUAACAUGUGGUGCAACAACAAUUGUUGGAGCAUUACUUGAACUUGGUGCUAAUCCAUCAUUUCGAUCAUUGAAUGGUAUGACAUCAAUUGAACUUGCACAAUAUUUACAACGAAAUGAAGUAUUAACUGUGAUUAAUUCAGCUCUUCGAAGUACCAUAAAAGGUUAUUCUUUCGUUCUUUUAUACUUUUAUUAUUAUUAA